AUGGGAUUUUUGAGUGGAGUGCUUGGUGCGGUGAAAAACACUCAGACAUACAAUGUCGGUAAAAAUACAUUAAAUUCGGUAAGUAAUGAAAUUAAGCAAUAUCUUUGCUCAGGGCACGAGGGUUUUAAAACGCUUUUCACCAAGUUGCCUGAUCGCAUCGCGGAGUAUAACAGGGAAGUGCAGCGGUCUAACAAUAGAGUUAGAAGCAUUGUAACUACAAUGCAGAGCAAUAUGAAGAACCUGGAAACGGAGGUGAGUGCAAUAACUAUAGUUAAUGCUGUUGCAGGAAAAUCAAUACAAAUUGGGCAAGCGGAAUGGUUAGUCAAGCAGAAGUUGGCGGACUGUUGGAAAUAUGUUGAGACUUUUACCAGUAGUUUAGAUAUUAACACAAAUUCCAUUGAUGAUAGAAACGCGAUUAAUGACCUUAAUAGUAGCUUACGUGAAAAAAUCGAAAAUGUACGUGUGACGAUAGAGCAUGAGAAUAAGCGUCUCACUGAGCUGUCUAAAAAGGAAAGGGAGGAGUUAACGGCGACGAAAGAUUUCCUUAAUGAAGAGGUCGAGAAACUUAAGAAGCGUUUACAUACGACAAUUGAUAAGCAUAUGAAUGAACUGGUCGAGCAUUUGAAGAAAUUAGUGAGAGAUAUUCUCGUUCUGCUGGAGAGCCUUGGCAAAAAGUUUCGGGACUAUGUAGAAGCACUACGGCAAUGGAUUGAAAAAACAGAGAGAGUCAUGAAUGACGCUGAGAAGCAGAUUGAUAUAGUGUUGGGACACGCGAAUGGAACUGAGAGCAUAUAUGCGCAGCUAGUCAAAUCAACAGCUGAGCAAAUUGAGAAGGAAGCCGGAUUGCUACACUUGGAGUUUGAGAAUUUGAAAGACAAGUAUAUUGACGUAUAUGAGAAAGUGCAUGGAGCAGAAGGAGCGGCGAAAAAACUCGCAACGUUUCAUGAGACCGUUAAGCAGAGCGUUCAGAACAAAAAGUGGAGUGAUUUUCAAAAAGGUGCAAAUAGUGGGUGGGAUUUACAAGAAAUAGAUAAGUAUAAGCAGAAUCUUGAAGAGGCAAUUGAGGGAUGUGUUAAAAUAGAAUUGCCAAAUAAAAUCCGUGAUGCGCUUUUUAAUUUGACCAAUCCAAUUACCACGCAGAGUGGCAAACCGUGUUCACUCGCUGACAUAGUUAAGCAAAUAGGGACGUAUGCUUCAGGGUUUGAAAACAGAUUUAGAAUCGCCAUUGAGAACAUGGUUGGAGAAAUUGUUGAGAGUGAAGGUAUUAAGAAGUGGGUCGCAUUGUAUGUUAAAUCAAAUGUGGCUAGAGGGCAGUUGAGAGCAAAUGGGCCUCACUCUGAUGCGCAAAAUCUGAAUACUGCCAUAGCGAUUGUGAAAGAUAAAAUAACGAGUGAGAUGAAGAGUGUUGUUCAGCGUGUGGUAGUAAGCGAACAAGAUGUUAAAAGUAAUAUGGAAGCUGUACAACAGUGCCUUGUCACUUUGGCUACCACUGACGUGGCAGCUAUGGGUCCAAGAAUCAUACAGCAAAUAGAUCAGGAAGUUAAACAGAAAAUCAGGAUAGAUCCGUCUCACACCAAAACCUAUCUUACAUGGGCUGUCUCAACGGUCUUAGACCUACUUACAAAAGCUACCAAUAAAGCAGCUACGGAACUUGGUCAGUUUACACGGACGUCGCAAAUUGAGAAGUUGAGUGAUAGUAUAAGCGGUAUUCACGGACUGGCCCAGAAUCUUUCUAUGCAGAUUGCCCCGGGAAACGGUACGCUCGGCAGUCUAGGUCACCAUAUUAAAGUCAACGACAAUUCAAUAAAAAACUUUUUACGCGAUCUUAUCAAAGAGGCUGUAAGAAAAGGUGUGGAUAAAUUACAACAUGAAAUCCAGACGAACGUUAUUACCGGAAUUCUUAGUAAGAUCGACAACAAUCUCGAAUCGCUUGAAAAACAAGCGCAAGCGGCAAGAGCAGGCAUUGAAAGCCAAGCCAACAUCGUAAUCCGAAACCUCAAUGAGCUCUGCGGCGCCAUUAAACAAGCUGCUGAAUACAGCAAGCAGAAUUUGAAGAAAUUAAAAGACGAACGCUUCAAACAAUACACUAAUGGAGCUGGGAAUGCAAACGACAGCAUCAAAAAAAUCUUCACUGAACUUGGCGAUCUGCACAGCGAACUUGUAGCUAAGCCCAUACACAAGGUCAAGGAAUUCCUCCAAAAAGGAGCCAAACAAGCCGAAGAUUACUACGCUAGAUAUUUAAAACGAGAGUCGGAUAAAGAAGUCGAAAAAUUCAAAAACCUUAUAUACCUUCACGCCCAGAUGCAGUACGGUGCCGCAGUGAAGAGCUUUUUGCAGGCGUUUCAUAAAAAGGCAACGGAACAGCUACAACCUUUGCCGGACGAAAUCGAUAGGGACAGGUACAGAGGUUAUAAAGGUUUCAUGAGAUACUUCCAGGAGGGAAUUGUGAAUAAUCUUAAGAGUUACGAAAAAGUCGAAGUGCUGUCAUCUAACUUCCUUAGCUGCUUCAGCACCGUCACCACCUACGUCAACGACGAAAUUCAAAGAGAACAUAAGGAGAAUAACAAAAAGAAAAAUCCUGCACCUUCGGGCUCUGAAACCGUAAAUACUGAUAAACUCAAAAUGUUAUUCGAUUCACUGAGCGAUCUUCUCAAUCACAUUACCGAGAGGAAGCGGUACGAUUACAAGGUGCCACAAAAACUCGACGCACUUGAAUCAGCGACAUUAAAGCUGAAACCAGACGGCUAUGAUAAUCCGAAUACUGCAGUUUUAGAUAGCAUUGGUUCCGGACUUUUGCCGUUCAUUAGAGAACUGAAAAAGGUCUACAUAUCGGCCUAUGAUAGUGAGAAGUUUACCGGCGAUCUUCUUGACGCUAGGCACGAAAUCAGUCCCGAUAGAGAUGACUGGAUUGUUAAUCUAACUAGCUACGGUAAGCAGUGCUCGAAGGUUUUCCUAAGCGCACUAGAGAUUCUGAACUACGAUUUACAUCACUUGAAACAAGAAUGUAACAGUACAGAUGGCGCGUGUAGAGACACUCUUAUUUACGAAGGGGUUGGAGAUGAAAUCAACGAACUCGGUCGCCUCUUGAAGAAUUGCGGUUUUACCAUUCCUAGUAACGACGGUCGGAAGCAAGAUGGCGAAUUGAGAUGGUCUUCAAAAAUGAUCGGUGAAGAUAUAUUUAAGAAGCUCAUAACAGUAGUUCCCUCCGCAAAAGCAAAUUCGCAUCUUAAUUCUUGUAUAUCCGAAAAACCGAACAAUAAUGUCCUAGUUGUUAUUCAAUGU